AGUCCAGAUUCCAGAACAACCCAGAAAUUAAAACAACAUUCUCAUGGUGAUUAACCAACUUUCAUCAAUCUGUUCUUGAGUUCUUUCACAUCAAGGAUUAUGCUAUGGAAGCCCUCAAUGCAGUUGUGUUAAAACCCAUUUCCGUACUUAAACCAGAACCCAAAAAACAAUCAUCGUUCCCCACAAUUCACCACCUAAAAAUCUCAAAACCCCAAUUCCAUGGCAGUAGUCUGGUGCUUAUAUCCUCUGUUUUCAAUUCUGCUUUCGCAAAAGCACUUACGUAUGAAGAAGCACUGAAUCAAUCAACAACUUCUGAUUCGUCAUUCUCAGCACCUGAUUUGGAUAUCAGCGGUGUUUUCGAUGGUAUAAUCAAUUUCGCUACUGCGAAUCCUCUGGUGUUAGCUAGUGGCGCCGCCGCUUUAGCUUUGCCGUUAAUCCUCUCUCAAGUAUUUGGGAAGAGUAAGCCAUGGGGGGUUGAAACUGCGAGAAUUGCGUAUGGGAAAUUGGGCGAUGAUGAAAAUGCUCAAUUGCUUGAUAUUAGGACUGCUUCUGACAUUAGGGCAGCGGGUAGUCCAGACAUUAAGGGUUUGAAGAAGAAGCCAAUUAGGAUUGCUUAUAAUGGUGAUGACAAACCAGGGUUCUUGAAGAAGCUUUCGUUGAAAUUCAAAGAACCAGAGAACACCACAUUGUUUAUUUUGGACAAAUUCGAUGGGAGCUCUGAACUUGUUGCAGAAUUGGUGACUGUAAAUGGCUUCAAAGCUGCUUACGCUAUAAAAGAUGGAGCAGAAGGGCCACGUGGAUGGGCGAACAGCAGUCUUCCAUGGAUAUUACCACAAAAAUCUUUCGCUUUUGACUUUGGCAGUGUGACAGAUGCAUUCGAUGGCUUGCUUGGUGAUGGUUCUGAGGCUGUAUCCGUAAUUUUUGGCCUCGCGGUGGCUACUGGACUAGGUUUGUUAGCAUUUACCGAGGUUGAGACCAUACUCGAGGUGUUGGGUUCUGCUGCAUUGGUGCAACUUGUCACCAAGAAGCUACUCUAUGCCGAGGAUCGGAAAAAAACUCUAAAAGAAGUUGAGGAAUUCUUGACUGUGAAAAUCGGGCCCCAAGAUAUUCUAAAUGAUAUCAAGGACAUUGGGAAAGCUCUUCUACCACCCUUGACUAGCAAAUCACUUCCUGCAGCCACAACAGCUACCGAAGAAGCUGUUGUGGAGUCCACUAACUCUGCGCCACCGGAAGUACAACCAGAAGCUGCGCCUGCGCCACUGGAAGUACAACCAGAAGCAGCACCACCAGCAGAGCCAACUCCACCAGUGGUGCAAGCAGUAGCAGCAGCACCAGCACCACCAGUAGAGUCAACUCCACCAGUCAACGCUGUCCCUAAAACCGAAGUCAAAGAAGAAGUGGAGUCUAAACCACCACGUGCACUUUCACCAUAUCCAUAUUAUCCAAAUUUCAAGCCUCCGACAUCUCCUACUCCUUCAAGGCCAUAGUUUUUUGUCACAAUUUCGUGUUAAAAUUCAUCAAGCAUCAAUCUUUUAUGGAACAAGUAUUCGUCUGGGAAUUCCUGGAGCCUAGUUAUGAGCGAUAAGUCAUUAAUGGUGGUGACAUCAUUAUAUGUUUGCAUCGAGGUUUGUGUGUAUGUAAUUUUCAAUGAUGGAUUAGAUUAUUGAUACUUGUAUUUGGGUUUGUUUGGAUUCAAUUAGCACAAGUUGCUUUGAAGAUCUUGGAAACCCUGGGAUGAAAAUGAAAUGGGAGUUAGAUUGAACCCUAAUUUAUGUCAACUAUAUUGUCAUGUAUCAUAGGAGCUUUCAUGCAUACGUGUGUACUACUAUUAUUUUUUUCUUAUUACUAUUUUUCUAGAGUACA